UCAUCCGGGUCUCGAGGGGGCGCUAGAGCCUGUUUCCCGCUAAUAUCAGCACUUGAAUGGCGCGCGCUGUGCGUGCGUCGGUGCGUUCGGUAAAACGUGGACUGGAUAACAGUGGUUUUAAAAUGAAUUAGUUUUACUGGCAAUCCAAAAAAGAGAUAUGUGAUAGAACAAUAGCUGAAUAUUUAAUAUAACGUUUAAGUUGUACGCUGAAGUGUUGUUUAGAUUUAAACAGACGCGUCAUCGCUGCUCUGCUCAGUCCGGAUCCACAUGCUGAGAAACUCCAGUCCGCUUUUAACGGCCGUUAUUGUGAGCGGAAGCGCUGAGUGUAAACAGACACAACGUUCAGAACUUCACACAAACACAGCCGUGUUUCAGUGUCAUGGAGAGUUAUGAAGAUUUCAUCCAGAGACUUUAUAACACUCAUAAUGAUGAAGAUGAUGAAGAUGAAGAUGACCCGCAGACCCCCGUCACACCUUCAUCAGUCAUCGUGUUUCAUGGCACUCGUGUUCUUCCUCCUCUGCUGAAUGAGCAGCAGAGACACGAGAUGAGAAGACUGAGAGAAACAGCUGUGAGUCUGAUGAAGAGGAGGAGAGAGGAAGAGUCUCACAUCAGCUUCACAGACGUGAGGAUCAGUGACGCUGGGCGACACACAGACAAGAUUGAAGACAUCACAGACUGUGACAUCAUUUCCUCCGCUCCUCUGACAUCAACCGCACAUGAUGGUCAAUCGGCCAAUCAGCUGAGAGCUUCACCAGAGCUCGAUUCGCUGGAAAACACUCAGAUCACGGUUCUGUUUGAGGGACACAAGACCCACAGACCUGAGGACGCACCGGACAAUCACUCUCACAGCCAAACAACGAUGAUAUCGUCAGGCUACGUGACCAAUGACAACACUGAUGUCACCGGUCACUCCGGCUGGACGGAAGGAGGAGACAUCCGAUUAGACACUACACGAUCGGGAAGUGACAUCAUGAGUCACGCGCCAGUAGAUGGAGCGAUUUUAGAAGAGGAGAUUGUAGCGGCACUUCCAAAACCAGUGGAAGAACCAGUAAAUCCAUCAUCGGAUACGGACGAAGGUCCAUAUCGAAUGAGUCUUCAGAACCUGCUCAAGAAAUCCCAGGAGUACCGGCGGCGCCAGCGGCUGCUGCGCAGUCAAGCUAAAGCAGUGGAGGAGCACAACCUGUCUGAUAAGGAGAACGAGGAGCUUCUGCCCAAACAGAUGUGGAGGACGGAGCUGAAGAAAGCCAGAGAGAAGAGGAAGGAGAAGACGGAGGGAGACACCAGUGCAGAUCACAUCAACACAGACGUACAGAAUGAUGAACAGAUUGAUGCUCUUCCUCAGUCCGUCUCCGCAGAGCCUUCUAUAACCGCCAGAUCUCUGUACGAGUCCAAACAGAAGUCGGGAGCUGUGUCCAGAUCGUCCUCAGCUGGGAGAUUCACAAAAAUCCCGACGCCCAAGUUCUGCUUAAGUCCUGUACGCUGCAAAAAACGGAGCAGAAUUCCUGGUCCGGUUCGGAAAGCUCUGGGCAGACCGGCUCAGCCCGACCCAAACGAUCCGUCUGAUCGCUGUGACAAAGUCAUGAUGACGUCAUCGCAAACGGAGCAGAUCGCACAGCUAGAAAUGAACCUGUCCAGCCUUAAAGCGCUGAUCUCAGACCUGGAGUCGACGCUCACACUCUCACAGACAGGAAGUCCCCCUGACAACGACCCGAAACGACCCUGCACUGUCACAUUUAGUGAAACCGUCAGUGCUAAGGACAAUGGGAUCGGUCAGGAGAACUCGAACUCCAUCCGUUCGGUCGUGGGCGUCCUCGCAGACACCAGCAAUCAUUCUCCGGAUGAAGCGGGAAGCUCUGCGAUUGGCUCGUCUUAUGAUGUGGACGUCCCGUCCGGCCUGUGGAAGCAGCUGACCCCUGAGUCGGGAGGUCACGAGGGGACGUCUCGGGUCAAACGAAGGCUCCUGAUGAACGAAGACGAGGCGUUCAGUCCUGGACGAGAGACGAGAAGCACGCUCUCCAGCACACCCAGAGUGACGUUCUCAGGGCUGCAGUCGUCUGCGCAGAUGCAGGAGGAUCAUGUGACGGCCCUGAUGGAGGAAGAGCACAGACGACAGCAGGAACUACUGCAGUCUUUAGCGGAGCGCUACCAUUUUCUGCGGAGCGUGUCCUUCCCGUGUCCCGGCGCAGGCUCACGUCUGGAGGACACGCCGACCUCCCUCACCGCCUCAUCUGUCUGCACACACGCUGAGCUCACAGACACGCACAACACCUCACGGCAGUCCUGUGUCUCUCUCUCGGCGUCCUGUCGCCCUCUGCUGGCCGCUGUGGUGAGGGGUUUCCUGACCCGUCGACUCCUGCGCACUGAACGCGUGUCACGCCUCACCAGGACCAUCACGGACACACGGAUGUUCCUGCUGACGUUCCAGCAUCAGACGGCGGUGAGCAGCAAACACGAUCUCGUGCUGCAGGAGCGCGUCAUGCUGCAGCUGCGAGCGGCGCGAUACGAGCUGCACCAGAUCUUCUUCAGCGUGAGCUGCUCUGACCAGAUGCAGAUGAUCCACUGCGACCGAGAGCUGAACAGAGACAGACAACUCAAACCACACGAUAAUAAAGUGAAGGGAUCCCUCUCUGCCGCCACCAGAAAAGCUUUAGAACGCAAGAAACUCAUGUUGCAGAGGAAAUCAGCUGACAGGAAGAAGUUUUCACCGUCCAGUGAGGAGAAAUGGAACCUGGUGCCAAAGAUCUGUCGGGUGUCAAAGAAGAUCACGCCGUUACGUGGAGCGCGAUGAACCGACACAAAACCAAACUCUCUUCAGAUGUUCCACUAGUUUCAUACUCGUGUUUUUAUAUGAUUGUCUUUAAACUUUUGGCCAAUUAUUUAUUGUAGUUGUAUUUAUAUUUUUCUUAAGAUCUCUGUAUGUCUGACAGCUUCAGCACUGCUUUUCUUGCCAGAUUUGUUUUUGCACACUAAUAAAUUGUGA